AUGGAGCAGAGUACCACUCAAAAAAAAUAUGGAGCAGAGCUUGAGGAGGAAGGAAUGAAGCUUAAGAAGAACUGUGUUGAUUUGCUAAGGUCAUGGUACUUAUCAUCAUCUCAAAAGUCAUCGACUUCAAACAAAGUCUAUUGUGUGCCGGUGCGCAAUGCAACAGAGCUUUACAAUGCUGGAAUGAAGUUUGAGAAGGGCUCAAGUUAUCGCUUGCUUGAUCUAAAGGAUGCCACGAUGAAAGUAUUGGAAAUCCCACAGUUGAUCUUAUCUAAUUGGACAGAACCUUUACUUAGAAACCUCACGGCGCUGGAGCAAUUUUGCUAUCCAAAUGAUAGUUACAUAAUUGAUUAUAUUUAUUUCAUGAAUUACUUAAUUGACACUGCUGAAGAUGCAGAUUUACUUAUCCAAGGUGGAAUUUUUGUGAACUAUCUAGGUGAUAGUAUUGCGGUGGCACCUCUCUUUAAUAAUCUCAGCAAGGAAGUAGUUUUGUAUCGUCAGUGA